CGACAGCGGUCGCCCCCUCACUGAUAUGUUGCAGUUUUCUUCCCUGUUAGCCUUAUCUUGCUUGAUCUAGUCCACUUCCCCCCCUCUUUUCCCCACCGUGGCCUCUGUUGUUUUCUUGCUCUUCCUCCUUUCCAAGACCCAGGUACCGACGGAUCUCUACCUUUGCUACUCCUAUCGCAUCCACACUGCCAUCAUGGAGAACGCGAGCUCGGCGCAGCCUCCGAGUCCGACAAGGUCUCGCAUCCCCAAGGUCGGGGGCGGGUUAAAGGAGAUGACAUCGGCUCUGGCCAACUCUCGUUCGGGAAUUGCUCCUCCCGGUUCUAUUGCCGGCAAGGUAUCAGGGAUGGCGCCUCCCAACCGCACCAGAAGUACCACACACGCCCCGGAACCGACCAAGACAACCGGAACGACGAUCUCGCGCGCAGCCUCCGGUAAGGUACACAACCGGGCCAACUCGUACGCUUCCUCUACGCUGGGUAGAUCUGCCUCGACCGCUUCGCGCACGAAAGGAUUCGCUUCCACCGUCGGUCCCGGUUCGCGAUCCAACACCGGCAUGCCCCGUCCACACUCCUCCCUCGCCGGUGCUCGAAAGCCCAACGGACCCUCGAUACCUCGACCGGCCACUUCAUUGGAUACCCAUCAGGAGGAAGAUAGUACAAGCGUGCUGGGCAAACGAAAGGAUUGGGACCAGGAAUCCCGCGAAAAAACCAUGGAAGAAUUCUAUAAGAAAAUCAUCUCCGGGGUGAGCCAAGCGGGACAGGAAAGCUUCGGUCUGAAGGAAACGGUGGAGCUCUAUAAAUCACGAGUCAAUGAAUUGGAAGAGGCCAAAUCGGAGGCCUCCGAACAGAACCUUCGUCUCCGGGUGGAGUUGGAGUCCAUGAAGGUCCGCCUAGCUGCCGCCGAAGAGGCCUUGAGAAGCGCAGAGAGGAAUCAUGAAAUCUCCCUCGACGACAUGAAUAAGCGCUAUCGAGUGGACGUGGAAACUGCGAGACAAGAGGCCAGAAAUGAACAGGAUGCUCAGGCCCGACAACACGACGAACAUAUGAGGCAACUCAAGCGACAGCUUGAGGAAGAAUUGGACAACGAAAGGGCGGCUCGACUCCGGGAGAUCAACCAGCUCAACUCCCAGACCGCGAUGGACGCACAACGGUCUCAGAUCGAAUUGCAGGCGAAAGAGCGGGAAUUUGCCGCCCUCCAGACCGACGUGCAAGGCCUACGGGACGCGCUGGACCGCGAACGAAAGGGCACCCAGGAUCUCCGACACAACCUGGACACGGCCAGCAGCAACAGUGUGACGCUGGAAUCGUCCAUCCGGGCACUCAAAGCCCGGAUCGAGUUCCUGGAGUCGGGACGCGAGGAGCAAUCUCAGGCUUUCGAGCAGAUCAACCAGCGAAUGAUGGACGCCGUGGCGGAAACCAACGCGACCAAGGACCAGUUGCGCAAGGAGGAAACCCUGCGCAGGAAGCUCCACAACCAGGUGCAGGAGCUUAAGGGCAAUAUCCGCGUGUUCUGCCGCGUGCGUCCCUCGCUCCGCAGCGAGCCCGUGACAGACAUAGCGCAGAUCCAGUUUCCCGACGACUCAGAAGACUGCAAGGAAAUCAGCCUCAUGGGGCCGGAGGAGAAGAGCAGUCUCGGGACAGUGUCCCGCAAGACUAAUGUCUUCUCGUUCGACCGGGUGUUCGCCCCCAGCACGCAGAACGCCGAGGUGUUUGACGAGAUCAGUCAGCUGGUCCAGAGCGCAUUGGACGGGUACAACGUGUGCAUCUUCUGCUACGGCCAGACGGGCAGUGGCAAAACGUACACGAUGUCCUCGCUGGACGGCAUGAUCCCGCGGGCGGUGCACCAGAUCUACGAAACGGCGACGGGCCUGCAAGACAAGGGCUGGCGAUACACCAUGGAAGGCAACUUCGUCGAGGUGUACAACGAGAACCUGAACGACCUGCUGGGCAAUCCGGACGAGCUCGACAAAAAGAGGCACGAGAUCCGCCACGACAUGCAGCGGGGCAAGACGAUCAUCACCGACGUGAACACCGUGCGGCUGGACUCCCCCGAGAUGGUGGAGACCAUCCUCAAGCGCGCGGCCGCGAACCGGUCGGUGGCAGCGACGAAGGCGAACGAGCGGUCGUCGCGGUCGCACUCGGUCUUCAUUCUCAAGCUGAUCGGCGAGAACCACAUCACCGGCGAGCGCAGCGAGGGAACCCUCAACCUGGUCGAUCUGGCGGGUAGCGAGCGACUGAGCCAGAGCCAGGCGACGGGCGAGCGACUGAGGGAAACGCAGAACAUCAACCGCAGCCUCAGCAGUUUGGGCGAUGUGAUCGCAGCCCUAGGACAGGGCAAAGACGGCGGACACAUUCCGUACCGGAACAGCAAGUUGACAUAUCUCCUCCAAUUCUCCCUAGGCGGCAACUCCAAGACCCUCAUGUUCGUCAUGGUCAGCCCGCUGCAGGCUCACAUGGGCGAGACAUUGACGAGUCUGAAGUUCGCGACUAAGGUGCACAACACGCAUAUUGGAACCGCGAAGCGUCAGGCCCGUGUGCGGGAGUGUUGAACUUACAUACUAGUAUGAUUGAUGAGGAUUGGCUGGGGGCGUUUUUUGCUCUUUUUUUGCUUUGAGAUACCGAUAGUUGAGAUGUUUGGUUUGGGAAUUAGCUGUUAAUAAUGUACAUUUGUU